AAAUAGAAAAAAAAACUAGAAAGUGACACGCUCUCUGACAGGGGUCCAUUUUACAUAGUGGAUGGAAUAGCAAUUUGUGUUAUUGUGUUAUUAUCCAAUUUUAUCGUGAACAAAAGUUCGCCAUUCAUAGUGCAUCCAACGGAACACAUUGCAAUCUGCUAGAAACGUUCUCAAGUGUGCGAAAAGAGUUCCGACAGCGACCGAUUCCGCAGCAAAAAGCAGCACCAAGCGACGACAGCAAAAAUUGCUCUCCGACCACGAAGGCGAAGACUUCCCCGGAAGACGACACAACCUGUGCAGAAUCGACCAUUUAUGGAUCUACCGAGGAACUUGCAUGACUGCUACUUCUUCUACUACUCGACAUGUAAGAAGGGAACGAAUUGCGAGUACCGCCACGAACCGGCGGCACUUGGCCACGAGGAAACCUGCAAACUGUGGCAAGAAGGGAAGUGCUACAAUCGCACCUGCACGAUGCGCCACAUGAAGAUCGAAAAGCCCCGUUCGGCAACGCCGUGCUUCUGGGAGGACCAACCGGGCGGCUGUCGUAAGCCACAUUGCGUGUUCCAGCACAAGGCACCGAAACCACAGGCCCCCGCAAGCCAUCCGGCCACAACGAGCAGCAUGAUGUCCCAGGUGGCGGCGGCCCAGGCUGCUACCGGUGGAACUGCGGCCACUACGGCCGGAACAACGCCCCACAUGAUGCACACGACUUCCCCGGCGGUCGUCCUGGACUACAACUAUGCUACCCUACUGCCCCGCAUCAUCUAAGGAAGUUAAAAGAGGAAACAGACGAGCGGAGCGGAGUUUUUUUUUUGUAAGGAACGGAUGAUCCGGAUCCCCGUUUUCUUUGCCUGUGGAGGGAGUAGACUCGCUUACGCCGCGCCGUUUGGAUCCCGUUAUGUUUUCUUCGCUUUUUUGGAACCGUUUCGAUUUGCUUGUCCAGCCCCUCCCCACCUUUUUGGAAGCACCAGCCCGAAAACGAAAAACUGUAAGUUAAUUUAUGAAAUUCUGCAACGAUAUGUGGGAACCGGAACACCAAAUGCAACACCCCUCGGAAGUGCAAUAGGAUUCGUCGUCGCGUUGAGCAGCAUUUGGAAUUAGGAGGAUUACGAUUUACGGAACGGAACCGGUACUGCAUUCACAAAAUCACGUUUGCAUCUAUUACGAUUAUUAUAACUGAUCGGCGUCAAAUCAGACCGGAUCAGGAGGCAUUCGUUGGAUUUCAGGGAAAUCUAAAAGUCCACCGCGUUAUAGGACUUCUAAUUGAUUCGUAGUUUUUGCCUCCUCAUGUCGUCUGACUUGGCGUUCGACCAUUCUUCAGUUUAGUUGUUUAGCUAUUAAUUGUUUUUCGAAGGAAGUGAUUAUAAAUCAAUAAUGGAACUAUCUUAUUAUAUCACGUAUCUUGUUAUAAAGCCCUAAUGCAUUAUUAUCCUUAUUUAUACAUAUACGCCUAAACGUAAUUGGUAGGGAGAAGCGAGGAUUUGGUUUUUCCUUUGAGUUUAACGCACUUUAAAUCGUAUUUUAUUCAAACAAACUUAUAUAGCCCUAGUGUAGAGAAAUUGCUAAAAAAAAUCUAGUGAAAAUAAUCGUCAUCAAAGCUCUAUAGUUGCGCCGAAUGAAGCAAAGGCUGUUUCUUAUCUGUUAGUUUUGGAAUAGCCACGCGUGUUCUGAAAUCAUUUCAAACUUUAAAGAGUAAAGUAUUUCGCGCAUUUUCUUCGUUUUUUGUGCUGUUCCUCGUUUGUUGGAGAAUGCGAUUCACAUUUGUGCAGCAUAACAGAUUGAUUCGACUAAGAACUCGCAGUGUGAAUUAGUGUCUGAAAUUUGUUACCUUAAAACACAGAAUCGAAGUAUACUGGCGGAAUUGUUCUUAAGAAGUUUCUCAUGGAAAUGUUCAACGAACUUCUUUAUGAAUACCAUUCUUAAAUGACAGUCCUAAAAGAUUUACUGCAAAAAUGUUAAGAAUUUCUUGUUUUAAUCUGAAACUGUUCUAACAGUAUCCCCGGGAAUUACUCCAGAUGAUUCUUCUAGAAUUCCUUCAAAGAUUCUUUCCAAAAAAAACAAAUAAAGUCUUAACAUUAUUGAUUCGGAUAUUCUUCGUUUGCACAACUUGUAGGUAUUUGAAAAAAGUUUCACUUAGGAGAUUGUUCCGAAAAAAAUAGCAUAAUAUUGUUUUAGAAUUUUUCCUUAUAUUUUCCCAGCAUCAGAAAUUAUUACAGGAUUAUGCAAUUAUAUUGGCAGAAUUUCUUUAUUUUAACUUCUUCCAUUCGCAUAAGUUAUUUCAAGAAAACUCCUCUAGAAACUCUUGAUUGUUUUGCAGAAAAGGAUAGAACAAUUUUGCAUAGAUUUCCGUGUGAAAAUUCGAAAAAAAUUCGGUGAACCCUUUUUGAAAUACAUCGGAUAACAUCCAAAAAAUAAUUUCAGACAUGAUUUAAGGUAACAAUAUCUGAAAACAGCACACUCUGAAUUAUUCAUUACCAGACAGUUUAACUUGAUAUAACCUUUAAAGUAGUAAAUUAUUCUACUCACUCUGGUGAUGUUCCUCAAAUAGCAAACAGCAAUAAAAUACGAACCGAAGUUUCAUCAUUUCAUUCACCAACAUGUGUUUCACGUCAUCUCAUGGGCCCAUGGCAAUGUUUUACCGAAAAAAGUAGUAUGCGAAAGUUGUCAGCUUCUUCUCGAUCGUUUUCCAACAGCAACUAUAGCUUUAGUGGUAUAUCAGCUUCGGCAACAGCAAACCAACUUACAGCACCCAACAUGACUAAAUUAUUCCGACAAAAUGAAGAGUUUGCAUUCGUAGAAGUCCCCUACCCCCUUUGUUGUCUGUUCUCGAAAAUAGAAUUGAGUGAAAUUUUCCUUCUAAUAAGCGUUUUACGUCAAAAUUCAAUAAUGGACGGAAAGAAAUAUUACAAGAAGCUCGAAGCUUUUAACCUAUUCUUGUAUAGGACGUUUAGAAUUCAGUAUGAACACACCCACACUUGAACAUGCAUUAUUGAAAGCCACACCAACACAGUUACACACAUUACAGACACUUACAUAUACUAACAUGUAAUAAUUAAAAUGAAAAGAAAAAAAAAAUAGUCGAAAAAAAAUGUAUAAUAUUUCUUGAACAGUUGCACGAUGCAGAUCGGAUUAAUAAAAAAAAGCCCAAUAAUCGUGAAAUAUGUUAGCUAAAAUUAAUAAAUGAAGAAUUAAAUCAAUCCAAAAAAUAUUAAAUAUUAAAUUGACGUACACAAGCAAAAAUAAAAGAAAGCGACAAAACAAUUAGACAAUUUGCUACACAAAAUUGAGUGUGUGUACUCUAAACUACCACAACAAUAUACCGCAACUAUAACGGCAAAACCAGAAACAUAAUAAUGAAAAAAAAAAA